GCGGCUGUAGCGGCUCCGCGGACAGAACAGGUUCUUUCCAGUUUGAGUGCGAGCUGCGCGCGCGGCGCCGCGGUCCCCAAGUUCCUCCUCCGGGGCCCACUUCCCCCCAGUUUCGUUAACUCGUGCACCCUUACAGUUCCCGUUCCGGGAGGGCGGAAACAAGUGUCGCAGUGGCCCCAGGGAGCUGGCGGCCGGGCUGCUAAGGGUGUCCAGCUUCCCCCCUUUUUUCUGCAGUUGCAGCAUCCGUGUUGAGCGAAGGGAUGUGAGCGGCGGGGCUGAGUCAGCAUCCCCUGCCGGGGGCGCACGCGUACCGUCCUCCCCCGGCGGAAGCCGAAGUCCACACAGGUGUGUGGCUGCCUAGCCCACAGGGAGCCUCUUGUAACGAGGGACCCGGUCGUUUAGGGAGUACGUGCCCCUCAUCCGAAGUUCUCGAUCCCAAGGGCACCUUGAAUUCCGAAGAUCAUGUACGGGGGAAACCUCAGUUACCAACGGUCCUUUGGACAAAGCGGUGUGUCCGAUUCCGGGGGUUUCGGAGCCUGCAGGGACGCAGACUGUUUUCCAGUGCCCACCCCAUGUCCGUUUGGGACUUGCUCGGAGGAAACCUUACAGAAACAUGAAGCCCUCAACCACCUGGGACUCAGAAACUCAUCGGGGGCUGACUGCAGCGUCGAGAACGCCCAGGUGUUCUGCAGAUGCGAGGUCCGACCCUGCACUCACCAGCUGGAGUCCUGACCAGAUGCAAGGCUUGUGCUUCGGCUCUGACAUCUCUGAGCACCGAGGGGUCACUUUCUAAUCGGCCACAGGGCAGUUGCUGACACUGAUGUCUGCUUGCUUCACACAGCCAGUCAUCUUAGGGAGCUGUAGUGGGGAAAGUCAAAGUCGGGGGUGCAAGUUUCCCGACUCUCUUGAAUUUAGGAUUCUAGAUCAGGGACUCAUUUCCACAGCCCCCAGCACCGCCACCGCCUCCGGAACCCUGGGCCUCAGCAUGCUCAUCUUUGCAGUGAGUGCGUUGGAAUAUCUUCAUGCAAAAACACUGAUCUCCGGGAACUCCCUGCAUUGAAAGUGAGCAGAAGGGGACUCUACGAGAAGUCUCUAGUGGUGGCCCACUAUCAUUCCAUAUCGCCAUGGCCUGGCUGCUUCUAAAGGUUUUAUUGGUGGGGGUGACUUUCUUGGGAUGUCUUUAUCCUCUUGUGAAUUUUUGCUUCAAUGAGGAAACAAGAGGCCAGAAACCAAAUUUCAUGAUCAUUUUGGCAGAUGACAUGGGGUGGGGUGACCUGGGAGCAAACUGGGCAGAAACGAAGGACACUGCCAACCUUGAUAAGAUGGCUGCCGAGGGAAUGAGGUUUGUGGAUUUCCACGCAGCUGCCUCCACCUGCUCACCCUCCCGGGCUUCGCUGCUCACUGGCCGUCUGGGCCUUCGCAAUGGAGUCACACACAACUUUGCGGUCACCUCUGUGGGGGGUCUUCCGCUCAACGAGACCACCUUGGCCGAGGUGUUGCAGCAGGCCGGCUAUGUCACUGGGAUGAUAGGCAAAUGGCAUCUUGGGCAUCAUAGCUCAUAUCACCCCAACUUCCGUGGCUUUGAUUACUACUUUGGAAUCCCAUACAGCCAUGAUAUGGGCUGCACAGACACCCCAGGCUACAACCACCCUCCUUGUCCCGCAUGCCCACGGGGUGACAGACCAUCAAGGAGCCCUGACAGGGACUGUUACACUGACGUGGCCCUUCCCCUGUAUGAAAACCUGAACAUCGUGGAGCAGCCUGUGAACCUGAGCCGCCUGGCGUGGGAGUACGCGGAGAAAGCCACCCAGUUCAUCCAGCACGCAAGCACCAGUGGAAGGCCUUUCCUGCUCUACGUGGGCCUGGCCCACAUGCACGUUCCCUUACCCGAGACCCAGCUGUCAGCAGACCCACGGGGCCGCGGGCCGUAUGCUGCUGGCCUCCGGGAGCUGGACAGCCUGAUGGGCCAGAUUAAAGACACAGUUGACCGCACGGCAAAAGAAAAUACAUUUGUGUGGUUUACAGGAGACAACGGCCCGUGGGCUCAGAAGUGUGAACUGGCGGGCAGCGUGGGUCCCUUCACUGGGUCGUGGCAAGUUCGCCGAGGGGGCAGUCCAGCCAAGCAGACCACCUGGGAAGGAGGGCACCGGGUCCCGGCUGUGGCGUACUGGCCUGGCAGAAUCCCCACCAAUGUCACCAGCACUGCUUUGUUAAGAGCCUGGGACCCCGGGCCACGGCUGUCCUGCUCUCCCCGCAGUGUGCUGGACGUCUUCCCCACCGUGCUCGCCCUGGCGGGGGCUCGCCUGCCCCGAGGCCGACGCUUCGAUGGUCUGGAUGCCUCUGAGGUGCUCUUUGACCGCUCGCAGACUGGACACAGGGUGCUGUUUCACCCCAACAGUGGGGCAGCUGGAGAGUAUGGAGCCCUGCAGACUGUCCGCUUGGAGCGUUACAAGGCCUUCUUCGUUACUGGUGGAGCCAAAGCCUGUGAUGGGAGCGUGGGGCCUGAGCAGCAGCACGAGCCCCCGCUUAUUUUUAAUCUAGAAGACGACGGUGCGGAAGCCGUGCCUCUAGAACCCGGCAGUGCCGAAUACCAGAGCGUGCUGCCCAGGGUCAGAGAGGUUCUUGCAGACGUCCUUCAGGACAUUGCUGAUGACCACAUCUCCAAAGCAGACUACACGCAGGACCCUUCGGUAACUCCCUGCUGUAAUCCCCACCGAAUUGCCUGCCGCUGCCGAACCACCUCCCGGACCGACGUUGCUGUAAGCAGAAACGUAAGGAGUGAGACGGGCAAGUUCACACCCUAACUUCAGUCUAACUGUAACCCUUUUUACAGUUAUUUACACUUUAAAAAUGAGUUUCAGAAUUUUGUUUGGAAGCCACCACUUUGCAUCCCCCACCCUCCCUUCUGCGCUGAAAGCUUGAGAGGACAACUGCGAAGAGCUGUAAUGGGAAGCACACGGGCUUCUGAGUCAGACCAGGUUCAAGGCCCAGCUUUUGAACUUGGGCCCUUACUUAACCUCACUUGCAAGCUGCUUUUGAGGAUUCCACCAGGUGGCACAUGAAAAUUUCUGGUUUAUUACCUGACCCUCGAGGUAGGCACUCAGUAUGUUUAGUCUUUUUUUAAUGCAUCUGGUUUCACUGGUCAUUUUAGCAGAGAUUUGUUUCACCUGGCUCCUAGAGCGGCACUUCUCCAUCUUUAAUACGCACACAGACCACCUGGGAGCUUGUGAAAGGACAUCUUCUGACUUGGUAGGUCUGGGCUGCGGCCUGCGGGCCUCCCUUUCCAGGACACCCGUGGGGGGGGGCAGGAGCAGUGUGGAUGCUGACUAGACAAAGUCAGAUGUUUCCAGGUCUCUAAGCAGAUAAGUCCAUGGCUCUCCCCACCUCCCCCACCCCCUUUUAAAGGCCAAAUGGCUGUAUUUUAAAGGCCUUAGGAGUUCUUCCUGCUUCCUAAAACCACAAAGAAAUACGUUUUGAGAGCCUCGAAACUGCAUUGCCAUGAUUUUAUUAUUAGUGUCCUAAAUGGGACUCGAAGGUAGUAAGUGAUUUAUCCCAGUCACUGCAAACCAUACUUUGCUUGGCUAAAACAGUCUCUCCCUCUGUGUAUAUAAUAUACAAGAAAUACAAUCUGAAGACAUUUUCCUAUAAGUACAUUUUUACACAGCAUACAUUUAAAAAGGAUGCCCUUUUUAAUAUAAAAUUCCAUAUAGACCAAUAUGGUUAGUUAGUAUUGACAUAAUGGCUGUAACAUGUUUUCAAUAGCAGGAUGUGUAUGCCGUGUCUCCUGUACCCACUGGCAGCCAGGGCUCAGGAGGGCUUGCUGAGCAGUGAACCACGUCCUGUGGCUCACGUAGGCGGCACCUGGGAUUCCUGCCCCCCAUUUCCGCGCCCACAAUCGCACUCCAUUCUUCCACCUUCCUUGUCUUCUCCAAAAGCACCUCACAGGGGCUGUCCUGAUUUCUGAGGUGUGCUUCUCAUCAUGACUGCUUCGUUUUGCCCUUCUGACUUCCACGGCACAAGAUUAUCUACCAAAAUCAAAACAGAAUGGCCUUACUCCUUCCAGGAAGAGGCUGUUACGCAGGCUGCAUUAUCAACAGACCUGCGCCCAGGCACAGAAAAUCCACCCGUCCUGUUUAGGCGUAGGCGAGUCUGGCCGAGUUUCAGAAGACACUGACUACAUAUAAAAUAUCUGUGUGUGUAUUCAUAUGUAUGUGUGGAUUUUUUAAAAAAGCUUGUCUGGUAAACACAGACCACUAAAUCACUAUUAAAAAGUCAGUAAAUA